AUGCCUCACAGCGUUGAUACCAUUAACCCAAGACGAUAUGGGUCAUCGGCAACAGCUUGCAGAUUUCCGGUUCUUUUGGAUGAUAGUGAAAUACCCCAUAGCUUCGAACUGGCAGAAACACCCAUUGAACUGCCCUCUUACCAGGAGAUCAUAGGGUUUUGUGAAAGGGGGAACGUGUCCCUCAAAGCAAUACUUCAGGCAGCCUGGGCCGUGGUCUUGAAAACGUUCACCGGUAGCGGAUAUGUAUGUGCGGCAGCGAUAUCGGACACCAGCUCAGGUAUAUUUUCGAUCUCUAUAGAUGAGAAUACAAAAUCCGACGACUUGCUCAAAUCUAUGCCAAUGGAAGCUAUGAGUACUGCGCUUGGUAAUAUAGAUUCUCUCGAAGCCGAUGUACCAUGUAAUUCUGCGGUUUGGAUAUUCAAUGAGACGAAAAAUGCACAGUGGGAGCCAAAAUUCGACGUCUGGCUCCAUGUGGAUUCGGGGAAGCCCUCACCUAGAGCUGCUUUGUUCUACAGAACUAGCCACUUAAAUCAAGGAUAUGCAGAGAUUGUCUCAGCUACAGUUGGCCAAAUUGUGAUGGAAAUAUUAGCCAACCCUUUUAGUGAGGUAUCACAAAUUAACCUCGUUCAUCCCCGGUUGCGGAACCAGUUACAAGCAUGGAGUAGCAACUCGCCCAAAUCGAUUGACAGAUGUGUGGGCGCCCUUUUCGAAGAGGCUGUCUCUAAGUAUCCACUUAGGCAAGCGAUACAGACCUCGGAACGCAGUGUAAGCUACGAGGAGUUAAAUGCUUUGAGCGCAGGGAUCGCUCUGCAUCUGCAGAGCUUAGGCGUGGUACCAGAAUCAAUCGUCGUUCUUUGCUUUCCCAAAUCGGUAUACGCUGUGAUAGCAAUGUUAGCCGUCGUUCGAGCGGGCGGCACCAUCCUAUUCCUUGACCCGUCACACCCGGAAACUAGACACAAAGAUAUAGUUGGCCAGGCUAAUUCACAGUUGAUCCUAACUGCUCAAGAGUAUUCUGGAAAAUGGGGUUGGUUUGGCGGCAGGGUGCUACCAGUUGAUCCCACACUCGUGGACACACUCAAAGUAGACCAGAAAACAUUUACUCGACAGGCCAUCACAACAGUUACCCCUUCAAAUGCAUUAUACAUCAUUUUUACUUCGGGGAGUACUGGGAAGCCCAAAGGUUGCGUGGUUGAACAUCGCCAAUUCCUAACGGGGGCUAUAGCACAACAGAAGGCGUCGGAGAUGAACCAUGGCGACAAGGUGCUCCAACUGGCUUCCUUUACCUUUGACGUAAGCGUCUUGGAGAUCCUUACAUCGCUUAUCACAGGUGCCUGCGUGUGCAUUCCUAAUGACGAAGAGAGGUCCAAGGGUCCGGAGAGAUGUAUACAGCAGUUUGGUAUCACAUGGACAUUCCUGACUCCAUCUCUCGUGAAACUAAUGAGUCCAAAAAUGGUGCCAUCGCUCAAAUUCCUUGUACUUGGUGGUGAGGCAGUUCAGCCCGAAAAUAUCCAAACUUGGGCGCCACAUGUUCGGCUUGCGAACGGGUAUGGCCCUACAGAGUGUUCUAUUGCCGCCACCGCAAACCCAAGGUUAUCCUCUACCUCCAGCCACACUAAUAUUGGGUAUCCCUUGGGUGGUUGCUGCUGGAUUGUUGAUAAGGAUGAUCACGAGAAGCUUCUCCCAAUUGGCGCGCCUGGCGAGCUUCUAAUACAAGGUCCAAUCGUGGCACGCGGGUACUUAAACGAGAAAAGGAAGACUGAAGCAGUGUUUCUAAACUCAACAAGUUGGGCAGCAGUCGAACCCUCUAGCUCCAGUCGGAUUUAUAAAACCGGGGACUUAGCUCGAUUCAACUUUGAUGGCAGCAUUUCUUUCAGUGGCCGUAAAGAUAACCAGGUGAAGUUACGCGGCCUUAGAAUCGAACUAGGUGAGGUUGAGCAUCAUCUAAUGUCCCACGAAUUGGCUGGACAGGUGGUUGUAGUGCUCCCAACAGAAGGCCCAUGUCAGGGCUCGCUAACCGCAGUCAUAUCAUUAAAGAACUUCAAACAAAUGUCCACGGACGUCGAACUGAUAGAUGACCUUGAACUAUCAGCCGCGAAAGCAGAAUUGGAAGGUAUUGCGAGCGGCCUACGGGAGCGACUGCCAGGUUACAUGCAUCCAACUAUCUGGAUUCCAGUGAAGUCUAUUCCUUUAACGAGUUCUGGGAAACUGAAUGGAGUUGCAGUCCGUCAGUGGGUAUCUGCCAUAUCAACAGACAUCUUCAAUCGCGCGACAGGCAAAUAUGAAGGCUCUGAAAUUUGUAGAACUCUGCCAUCGAACAAUCAGGAAAGACAGCUACAAGAGGUCUGUAGCAAAAUUAUCGGUUUAGACCAGCCAGAGGAUGUCUGGUUAGAGAGAUCCUUUAUCCAAAAUGGAGGCGACUCUAUCCAAGCCAUGCAAUUGCUGAGUACAUUGCGCGAUAUCGGUCUUGUCGUGAAGCUAGAGGAUAUCAUACAACUCCCGACGAUAUUAGACCUGGCUCAAAAAAUCGAAAAUAGCGAGGCUGGCUGCAUUGAUAGUGCUCAGCUAACCCCUGAACUUCCAGAUUGUACAGUUAAUGAGGAGAGGGUUGUGCAAUUGGGACUCGAAAUGGGUCAGGUGGAGGAUAUCUAUCCGUUGUCGCCCGUCCAGCGCGGAAUACUUCUCGCUCAACAGCACUACCCUGACAAAUAUCAGUUUCGACUUACUUGUGAGGUCGUACCGUUGCCAGCAUCAUCGUCCUCGUCACAAAGUCCUGAAGUUGAUAUCGACAACAUUGGUAGGGCUGAGGUUGAGAGACACUGGACAGAUUGUGGCACGUGCGCAAACGUGAGCUUAUUAAUCAGAGCUUGGCGCCAAGUCGUUCAACUUCAUCCCGUCUUGCGCACCAUCUUCAUCGACACAGAAACAGAGACAGAAGACGGGUUAUUUGAUCAACUUGUACUGAAAACAGGGGAUGUGCUAGCUGAUAUAUGGCAAUUUGAGGAUGAAAAUGAGUUUUGGUGGAACCUUGAUGAAUAUAAACGCACCGAUGGCCCCCUCCAGCCACCAGUCGCUUUCAUCGUUUCAUCUGUCAAGGCAGAAAGAAGGAUCUUCUGCACCAUUGAUAUCAGCCAUGCCUUGAUUGAUGGUAUAUCAAGUCUAGUUUUAUUGAGGGAUAUAUGUCAAGCAUACGGCGGUUUACUUGACAGUACCAAGACAGUGAAAUACUCGCCGUUUAUUCGCUACCUCCAGCAACUCCCACGGGGCGCGUCGCUCUCAUACUGGACGGAGCAUCUGCUUGGUGUGGUGCCAUGUUACUUCCCAACCCUUAACGAUGAUUUCAGCGGGGGGAAAAAUCAGCCCCGUGAAAUAGUAACUAACAUCAAGAAUACGGAUGCGCUCCACAGGUUCUGUGCGGCUCAUAAUUUUACACCUGCAACUGUCUUUCAAGCAGCAUGGGCACUUACUCUAAGGGCUUAUACCCGGCGUGAUGAUGUAUGCUUUGGAUACUUAACAUCUGGCCGCGAUCUCCCAGUGCCAAAUAUCCAUAACGCAGUAGGCGUAUUUGUGAAUAUGAUGAUUUAUCGAGCAUCUUUGUCACCGGACAAAGUAGUGUCUGCCGUUUUAACAGAAGUUCAACAUAAUUUUCUCAGAGGACUACCACAUCAGCACUGCUCGAUUGCUGAGAUACAGCAUGCUCUUGGUAUUUCACAGUCAUUGUUUAACACUAUCUUGUCGCUGCAGAGUGCUCAAGAUGAGACAAUAGCCACUGAUGGCUCUGACCGGGGAAUCGCUCUUAGUGUGGUCUCUGAAAAGGAUCCCACAGAGGUAUAUAUAUGGCUCUUUCCACUCUAUUUUGCGCAUCUUGCUAACCCAAGUGUACAGUAUAAUAUCUCUGUCAACGUCUUUGUAUCCAGGAAAAGGAUAUCCCUGACAUUGCGCCAUUUUGAUGAGACCAUAAGCAGCGCAAUGGCUGAAAAUGUUAUGGGAACAUUUCAACAUAUUAUUCACUUGAUUGCUAAUAAUUAUCAUCAACCAAUAGGAGAACUGGAUAUGAUGUCUGCUCGUGAUAACAUCCAAAUUGGACACUGGAAUCAGGAUCAGUGGCCAAUGGUAAAUGAUUGUAUUCAUGAACUAAUCCAUAGGCGGGCUGUGAUACAGCCGGAUGAGAUUGCAGUGGAAGCGUGGGAUGGACACUUGACCUACAAGGAACUUGAUGGUAUUUCAUCAAAAUUGGCCCUACACCUUGCAAGCCAUGCUAUCAGACCGAAUACCCUCGUGCCCAUAUGCUUCCCGAAAUCAUGCUGGAUGGUUGUAUCACAACUUGCGAUCCUCAAAGCAGGUGGAGCAUGUGUCGCAUUUGAUCCAGAACAUCCACCAAAUCGUAGGGAGGAAAUGCUCCGCCAAUGCAAGGCGCCUGUUGCUCUAGUUUCCCAAGAAAAUAUACCACUUUUUGAGAUGUUUGUGUCAACCGUUAUCAGCAUUGGCCCAUCGUUUCUGGACACUUUGCGAGAUGAUCCACCGACCAUAACAGCUUCCUUAGCCAUAUCACCAGAGAACCCCGCUUUUGUUGUUUUCACUUCAGGGAGCACUGGUAAACCCAAAGGAAUUGUUGUUGAGCACCGUGCACUCUGCAGCAGCAUCCAAGCCUACGGCUCUGUUAUGAAGUAUGCUCCUGGUGCACGUGUUUUGCAGUUCGCAGCAUAUACAUUCGAUGUCAGCAUUGGCGAAACUUUCGGCUGCCUGGUACGGGGCGGGACACUAUGCAUCCCAAGUAACGACGAAAGACUCGAUGACCUCGCGGGAGUCAUCAAUCGUUUUAAAAUUAAUGCGUUAUAUCUUACUCCGUCUGUGGCUAGCAUACUGCAGCCGUCUGAUAUUCCCGGAGUCCAUACUCUGGGACUUGGUGGUGAGGCUGUUCGAAAGGAGAAUAUCGACUUAUGGGCCGAGCAUAUCAAUCUUGUGAAUAUAUAUGGCCCUGCAGAGUGUUCGGUUUGGUGUACAGCACUGUCGCCUGUAUUACCCUCCGUCUCUCCUCUCAAUAUAGGAUAUGGCCUAGGUGCUCGAACCUGGAUUACAGAAAUAGAUAACCCAUCCAAGCUCUGCGUCAUUGGCACAGUGGGUGAGCUUCUCAUAGAAGGACCAGUCGUUGCUCGAGGCUAUCUCAACGACGAAAUCAAAACAAACGCAGUAUUUAUACAACCGCCUGCGUGGCUAAUGAAGCAUGAUCCCUCCGUGGCAGAGCAUCCUAGAAAGGUAUACCGAACAGGGGACUUGGCUCGAUAUAACUCGGACGGCUCUGUUCAUUUCAUGGGCCGUCGUGAUCAUCAGGUGAAACUAAAUGGCCAACGAAUUGAACUUGGUGAAAUUGACAACGCUUUGUUACUCCACGCCGAUAUUCAAAAUGCUGUUACUCUAGUGCCAAAAGCAGGACCAUUCAAAGGAAAACUAGUAGCUCUAGUCUUACUAGAGAACCAAACCUUUUGUUCUGUGACAAAGGGAGACGCAGGACUCAAAUUCCUCCACGAUGAAAAUGGAGAGUAUUUUCCUACAAUCGUGUCGAAUGUCAGGUUAUUCAUAUCAUCCAUUCUACCGUCUUACAUGGUCCCUUCAACGUGGAUUACGGUUAAAUCCUUCCCACUGUCGACAAAUGGUAAAUUGGACCGUUCUUCCAUUAUGUCCCACAUAAACAGCCUGCCCAGUAGCUACCUGAACGAAACAAUGGACUCUGAUACCAACGGUGACAGUCUCCCAAGGAAUGAUACUGAGGAUAUCAUAAGAACCAUCAUUAGUUCAGUACUGAAUACCGGGCCAGCCAAUAUUUUGAUGGGCCGGGGUUUUCUGGCCCAAGGUGGAGAUUCCAUCACUGCGAUGCAAGUCUCUUCUCGCUGCCGAGCUCAAGGCAUUCUUGUUCCAGUCAAGGUAGUGUUAAAAAGCAAAACCAUACGCCAGAUUGCAGCCGAAGCAGUCAGGCAAGAUACACCAGGGGUCAUUGACUUCCAGGAACCGGUAUCAUUAUUCCCAUUUUCACUUUUGCCGGGAAUGAAUGAAUCAGCCCUUGAUGAUAUAGCUAAGAAAGCGGGUUAUCGAGGUUUGGUAGAUAUAGAGGAUGCUUAUCCUUGCUCUCCAAUGCAAGAAGGUAUCCUCAUCAGCCAAGCCCAAGCGCCAGAAACUUAUAAGUUCUACGUUGUAUGCGAAGUUUAUUGUUCUUCUCCUACCUCUCGUGUUAGUAUUGGAAACCUACAAGUAGCGUGGACACGCGUUGUUGCAAGGCAUUCGUCUUUGCGGACUUUCUUCGUGGAGGGUCUCUCACGAGAAUAUUUAUAUACGCAAGUCGUUCUAAAGAAGCAUACUCCACGGAUAGAGAUUGUUGGGGACUUCGAUAGUUUAUCUCGGCAACCCCAGAAUAAACCCCUGGACUAUAAUGAGCUUAUUCCUUCACACCGUAUGACCAUCUGCGAGGAUAAGGAGAAGAUAUACUUCAAUCUGGAAAUCAACCAUACUCUGAUUGAUGGCACAUCGAUGGGAAUAAUACUCCGAGAUUUGAGAGCUGCCUAUUCCCAUGGAUUGCAGCCGGGGCUUCUGUACCGGGACUACGUAGCCCUCUCCUUGAACCAUCCAAAAGAGACAACAUUACUUUUCUGGUCUAAAUACCUCGAAGGUACUAAACCAACCUUUUUUCCACGGCUCCAUGACGGUGACUCGAGAAUGAAGGAACUGCGAACCGUCAACAUUCCAGUCUCAGGGUCUACCAUGAUUGACCUCCAAGCAUUUUCCAGAGAAAAUGGUAUAACAAUGGCGAACAUUUUUCAAACUGUCUGGGCCAUCCUCCUCCGUGUAUAUACGGGAGAGUCUGACGUUGUCUUUGGAUACCUGUCUUCAGGUCGUGAAAUCGAUGGUCUAGACAUGGAAAAUGCAGUAGGCGCAUUUAUCACAAUGUUAGCCUGCCGUGUCAAUGCAGACGACUCAUCCACCCUACUUUCCUUGGCACAGAAUAUAAACGAAGAUUUUGUUAACUCUCUGCCAUAUCAGCGUACGUCACUUGCCGAAAUGCAACAUGCUCUCGGGUUGGCCAGUGAACGCCUAUUUAAUACCAUACUGUCGUUACAGAGGCCCAUGGUGCAGCAGAACUCAACUGGACAUAUUGAGAUUCAAUGUCUUGGCGGAAGCGACCCAACCGAGUAUGAUCUGGCUGUGAGCAUCACUGCGGAUGAUUCAGCUAUCGACAUUGAUAUUAGCUACUGGAGUACUAUUAUGUCGGAAAAGCAAGCAGAGUUGCUAACCUCCACCUUCACCACAAUCCUUUCCGCCUUUCUGAAAUACCCAACAACGAAGCUGCAUUGUGUGGACGCCCUGGGGAAUAAACAAACCGAAUACUUGUUUUCCAUCAACGGAAACGGUGCUGUUCCAUAUUCGGUCCAUGAUUGUAUUCAUAGCCGCUUUAGCAGCCAGGUGGCUCUAUACCCCAAAUCACCAGCUGUUUGUUCAGCGGAUAUGUCUCUUUCCUACAUUCAAGUAGAAGAACUAUCUUCAAAGCUUGCUGCGCUCCUUAUUUCCCUGGACGUUUGUCCCGAAAGAGUGGUGGCUCUUUGCUUCGAUAAAACCCCCUGGGCGAUAGUAUCGAUGCUGGCGGUUCUUAAAGCUGGCGGUGCAUACACUUCUAUAAGCCCAGCACAUCCAGCUCGGCAUAUAGACAAUAUCAUCCAUCAAACUAAAUCCCGUAUCGUUCUUACCGGAUCAGAAAGCUACGGCAAUAAAAUACGGCAUAUGGUUGACUAUGUUAUUCUGGUGGACCCUUCUCUCCUCUUCAACCUACCAGUGGCCAAACCAGGUGUUAUAUCGCUUGCAUCUCCGGACAAUGUAGCCAUGGUUAAUUUUACUUCUGGCAGUACUGGAAAACCUAAGGGAAUUAUGGUUCUACAUAAGGGAGUAUGUUCUUUAAUCGACCACAACGCGGAUUUGGACAUUAAUAAUGAAUCCCGAGUCCUACAAUUCUCCGCAUUUACAUUCGAUACCAGCAAUGCUGAAAUUUUUCUUACACUCUGCACUGGAGGUUGUGUCUGUUUGCCUUCCGACUAUGAUCGACUUAAUGAUCUUGCUGGCGCUAUCAAUCGUCUUGGGGUCACUCAUGCCUUUUUGACACCCUCAGUGGCUGGAUUCCUAUCACCUGAAGCAAUGCCAUCUUUACAGAUGUUAGCAUUGGUGGGUGAGGCCGUUACAAGUGACCUUGUUCAACUAUGGCAAAAGCCAGUACGCUUGAUAAACAGCUAUGGGCCUGCAGAGUGCACUAUCAUGUCGUCUUUUUCAGUCUUGCAUGAAGGACUCCAUCCCUCAAACAUAGGGAAAGCCCGUGGCUGUAUAUUUUGGGUUACAAACCCGAUGAAUAGUCAAUACCUGGUCCCUGCAGGUUGCGUUGGGGAAUUACUUGUGGAAGGCCCUAUUGUCAGCAAGGGGUAUAUCAGUCCUGAGCUUACCCUUGAAGUAUUCAUCGAUCCUCCGAAAUGGAGGGGGGUUGUUGCCAAUGGAUCACGGUUUUACAAAACCGGGGACCUCGCCAGACAAAUGCCAGAUGGGAGUCUAGUAUACGUAGGGCGAAAAGACUCCCAAAUCAAACUUAACGGGCAACGAGUUGAAAUGGCCGAGAUUGAGAAGGAAAUUAGCAGUUACUCUUCAGUGCAGCAUUCAGUUGUUCUAUUUCCUAAUUAUGGGCCUUGCUCAAAAAAACUGGUCGUUGUUAUCGGCUUCAAGGAUAUCUCACACACCCAACCUCAGUCGUCAGAAAUGAUAAUGUUGAAUGACGAUGAAUCUGCAAACCAAGCCGAUGCCAUUCGUGAUCGCAUGACAACCUUGUUACCAAGCUACAUGGUUCCAACUGUCUGGAUUGUGUGCUCAAACUUUCCCUUGACAAUUUCGCGGAAAAUUGAUCGUCGGAAAAUAUCACAAUGGGUGGAAAGUCUUAAUGAUGCCUUCGCCGAACGUGUAGCUGAGGAGAAAAACGAUGUCAUGGGGAAUGCUUCUUCGCCAAGUUCUACAAUUUUGCAGCGACUACAGGCAAUUAUUUCUCGGGUGCUGAACAUAUCUAAUAGCCGUGUUCUCUCAAAUCGUUCAUUCUUGAACAUUGGUGGUGAUUCUAUCACUGCAAUGCAGCUGGUUGUUAUGUGCCGCAAUGAAGGCCUCAAAAUUUCAUUCAAAGACGUCAUGCGCAGCUCGACAAUUAGCAAAAUGGCCCACUCCGUGGAAAUUAUCAACCAUCCUUCACUGCACGAAGAAGAACUGUUAGAAGUCUCUUUUGGUUUGAGCCCAAUCCAGCAACUAUAUUUCGAAGAAAUCUCACAAGGUGCUACGGAAAUAUCAGCAAAUCAAUUCAACCAGAGUUUCCUUCUACGGCUCGUACGUCACGUUCCCGUAGAAACUUUGAAGGGCGGAAUUGAAGUGAUUGUGGAGCGUCAUUCAAUGCUGCGUGCACGGUUCCGAAAGUCUUCAGAUGGUCGAUGGACGCAGGUUAUUACAAGACCAGGGAAGACAGUGUAUCGUUUCCGGGAGCACACAGUUUCAACACGAGAAGAGGCUCUUAGCCUUGCAACUGCAGCUCAGAGGCAGCUGGACAUACAAGCUGGCCCAGUAUUUGCCGUUGAAUAUUUCAAUAUCGCUGGAGAAGACCCUCUUAUCUUUUUCGUUGCUCACCACCUCGUUAUCGAUCUUGUAUCAUGGCGCAUUAUUUUCCAAGAACUAGAAGAUCACGUCCUUGGGGACACCUCUAUUCCGCCAAACGAGCCAUUUUCUUUCCAAAAAUGGCAAAAACUACAGGCUGAUUAUGCUAGUAAACACUUAACGGCGAAGUCAUCAAUCAACUACUUUGUUCCAAGGGCGAAUUAUGAAUAUUGGGGGAUGGAUGGAGUAGAAAACAUCCAGGGAGACACAAUCCAACUAGCUGCAUCGUUGAACGCCGAGGAGACCCAGCUUCUAGUGAAUAGCUGUCAUCAAGCUAUGAGGACUGAGCCGCUAGAUGUCUUCAUCACUGCUAUUUUAGUAUCCUUUCUCAAAACUUUUGAUCGUGAGCCGCCAGCUAUUUUCAACGAAGGCCAUGGUCGCCAACCAUGGACUUCUGAUAUUGACCUGUCAGACUCUGUGGGCUGGUUUACCACGAUCUCCCCACUUAGCAUACCGAUAGGGCCGAGUGAUACGCUGUCUGACAUAGUGAGACAUGUAAAGGAUCAAAGAAAAGAACUCCCAGCUAACGGCUGGUCUUACUUUACCUCGAAAUACCUGAAUCCCGACGGCGCGGAGCGCUUCAGAGACCAUAUGCCGAUGGAAAUAUUAUUCAAUUACCUUGGACUAUACCAAGGCCUUGAACGAGAAGAUGGGAUAUUUCAGCUUCAACCUUUCAACGACGGCGAUGUUGGGAAAUGUGUCAAGAGAUACUCUCUAUUCGAUAUUAAUGCGUACAUUGUGAACGGACGUGCCAGUUUUACAUUCUCGUUCAAUCGAAAAAUGAAACAUACGGAGCUCAUUGCGGAAUGGCUCAAAAAUUUCACGCAGAGCCUGAAGACUAUACCACAGGAGUUGGUAUCCACAGACUUUACCCUCACGCGAAGUGAUUACCCAUUGCUUCAGAUAUCUUCUUAUUCGACGUUAGAUGCUCUCCUAACACAGAAGCUACCCCAACUAGGAUUUUCUAUACCUGAUUUUGAAGAUAUAUAUUCAUGCUCUCCGCUCCAGGAGGGCAUGCUUCUUAGCCAAGCUCGAGAUGAAGGGACUUAUCUUUAUUCUGCGAUUAUGCGAGUUAAAUCAACAAACGGGAAUCCAACUGAUGCGCAGAAACUGGCAUUAGCAUGGCAGCAAGUGGUUGAUCGACACCCUAUACUUCGUACCGUCUUUUUAGCGGGCAUAUCCGAGAGACCAUUUGACCAGGCUGUUCUACACAGCUACGAUACCCGAUCAUCAAUACUGGUAUGCGACUCUCCUGAUCAUGCCAUUGCUACUCUAUGUACUUUGGGUAUACUUUCUGUCAAAGAAGGAUGCCCUCCCCACCGCAUGACAAUUGCGAAGUCCAGAGACGGGGUGGCUUAUUUUAAACUCGAAAUAAGCCAUGCUUUGAUGGAUGGCACAUCAAUGGCAGUUCUUGUUAAUGACAUUGCUCGAGCGUAUAACGAUGACUUCUCUUCAACUCCAGCUAUGCCUUAUAGUGAUUACAUAGCACAUAUUCAGGCUCAACCGACCGAAGAUGCGUUAUCAUUUUGGGAAGCUUACCUUGACAAAGUUAUGCCAUGCCAUUUCCCCCCUUUGCUGGACCCCAUGGAAGGGCUCUCGGCUAUGAAUGAUAUUGAUGUCAAAACACCCAGUGUCUCUGAGAUGCGCCAGUUUUGUCGACAAAACGACGUAACACUCGCGAAUGUGGUGCGUUUGGCAUGGGCAUUGGUUCUAUCAGCCUAUACAGGAGAGGAUCAGGUGUGCUUUGGGUAUCUUACUGCCGGUAGAGAGAUCCCUCUUCCUAAGAUUGAGAGUUCUGUCGGACCGCUUAUCAAUAUGCUUGUCUGCACUAUCGACAUUGCAGAGAUAAGCAAGAAGACAGUUCUUUGCGAACUCCAAGAUCUCCAAGACGAGUAUUUCAAGGCACUGCCAUUCCAGCAUACGAGUCUAGCUGAAAUACAACAUCAUAUGGGUCUUACGGGACGAUCAUUAUUUAACUCAGUUGUGAGUGUGCAGCGCCGUGAUGUGGGCAAUACUGUUCUCGGCGAUAUGCAAAUUGAGUAUAUAUCUGGACUUGACCCUACAGAAUAUGACAUAACGGUCAAUGUAACAGAUACCAAUCACGGGCUCCAGAUAGGUAUCAGCUAUUCUGCUUCAUGCCUCUCGCCUGGGUAUGCUGCGAACGUAUCUUCUGCUUUAUCCGCAGCACUUUUCUACAUUGUGUCAAACCCCCUGUCCCCUGCUGGGUCGGUCAAUCUUUUUGACGAGUAUCAUAACCAACAAGUCCAGAAGUGGAACACCGUUAUACCUCCUCCCGUCUAUGAUUGUAUUCAUUCUCUCAUUGAAAUCAACACAAAGAGCAAUCCUGAUGCUAUUGCUAUUGAUUCUUGGGAUGCAACAUUUACCUACUCUGAUUUGGACAAAAGAGGGACCCAACUCUCUCACGUCCUUAUUUCAAUGGGAGUUAGGUCCUCAGACAUGAUUCCCAUCUGUUUCACAAAGUCUUCUUAUGCCAUUGUUGCGAUGCUCGGAAUUCUUAAGGCUGGGGCAGCAUUCAUACCCCUAGACCCAGAACACCCAAAAUCCCGCUUAGCAACCAUUAUCAACCAGUCCGGCUCCCGUUUAGCUCUUACCAGCCCAGAAACCUCGAAUAUAAUCGCCAGUUUAACACAGGAUAUUGUAUUGGUUUCUAGUUGUUCAGAUUGGUGGGCAGAAGAAGUGCCAUAUGAUUACACCUGCCCGAAGAUCUACCCUACGGACGUUGCAUAUGUCCUGUUCACUUCUGGAAGUACUGGAAUACCCAAGGGCGUUGUUAUAGAGCAUUCCGCCGUCUGUACUAGCUCCUUUUACCACGGCAGAGAGAUCGGCUGCAGCUCCAAGACCAGAAUGUUUCAAUUUUCCGCUUACACCUUUGACGCUUGCAUAUUGGAGAUUUUUACAACUCUUAUCUAUGGGGGUUGUGUCUGCGUUCCAUCAGAAGCUGAGCGUAUGAAUGAUAUAGCUGGGGCCAUAAACCGGCUAAACUGCAACACAACCUUCCUUACCCCAUCAGUUAUACGCAUUAUCCGCCCCGAGCAAGUUCCCAGUCUUGAAACAAUAAUAUUAGGAGGCGAGUCCCUUGAUAAGAAUAGCAUUGAAGUGUGGGUGGGACAUUGCCGACUAAUGAAUGGUUAUGGACCGACAGAGACUUGUGUCUUCUGUAUAAUGAAGACAUUCUAUGGACCACGAGAGCAUCAUGAGGUGUUAGGCCGCUCAGUUGGCUCGGUUUCAUGGAUAGUGCGACCUAGCAAUCACGGACAGCUUGCCCCAGUUGGUGCAGUUGGCGAACUUCUGGUCCAAGGAGGGACACUUGCCCGUUGCUAUUUGAAUGACGAAAAAAAGACAGACCACUCAUUUUUCGAGAAACCAAGUUUCUCCUCAGCACCAAAUAACCAAAUGUGUGGUCGUUUCUACCGAACAGGCGACCUGGCACGCUACAAUAUCGAUGGCAGUAUUACCUUUUUGGGAAGAAAAGACACCCAGGUGAAAUUACGAGGACAGCGGAUUGAGCUCUCUGAGGUUGAAUAUCAAGUCAAAAAGCUAAUUCCAUUCUCUUCUCAAGUUGCUGUUGAGAUAGUCAUGCUCCGAGGUGAGAAGGAUCAAGCACUUCUGACAGCCUUUAUCUGUGACUCCUCUGCUGUUACCCGCACACUGCCUUUGCUCUCCAAUAUGACACAGUGUUUCAAGGUACAAGUUGACAGGCUCAAAAGGUUGCUUUCUCGCGUGCUGCCGCAUUAUAUGCAGCCGUCAAUAUACAUUCCCACCAAUUGGAUGCCCACGACUACAGCAAGGAAGCUGGAUAGGAAGCUUCUUCGCGAAUCUGUGGCAGCAUUAUCUGAAGAUGAACUGGAUAGAUACUCCCUAGAUGAUAAUCGCAGGCCUCCAAGUUCGCAUACUGAGAAAUGGCUGCAACAAAAUUGGAGCGAGGUAUUGAACCUUUCCGUGAGAAAGAUUAGAGCAGAUGACCAUUUUUUCGAAAUUGGUGGUGACUCUAUUUCUGCCAUGAGGCUUGCUGCAAUUACAUCUCAAAAUAUGAGGGUCUCUGUGGCAGAUAUAUUCAGCUAUCCAGUCCUCUCCAGCCUAGCAGCUAUUAUAGAUUCCAGAUCGUCUGAAGUAGAGCAGAGAGAAAUAAAACUAGAACCAUUUGAGCUUCUAGCCCAAGGAGAAGAUGCAUCUACCAUGCUGUCAAAUAUUGCGAAUCAGUACGGUAUCCCACCUGGUUUGAUCGAGGAUGCGUACCCUCCCACCCCCCUCCAAGACGGAAUGGUAACGCACACAUUUCUCAACCCUACAGCAUAUAUCCUAAGACAAGUUGUCCGCAUCAAGCCAUCUACUGACAUAGCGCGGUUCCGAGCUGCUUGGGAAACCGUAUCCGAGAAAAACCCGAUCCUUCGUACAAGAUUUGUUAGGCCUUCGAAUGGAGAGACAAUACAGAUUGUAGUCAAAAGUUCUAUCGAAUGGAGAAAUGCUGAAACCCUCCAGCAAUACCUUGAAUUGGACCAGGGCGAAAAUGUUGCUUAUGGUACUCCGCUGAUACGUUAUGCCAUGACUGAUGAUGAUCACUUUAUUCUGACGGUUCAUCACUCAUUAUAUGAUGGGUGGUCUCUACCUUUACUGCUUCGCCAGGUCCGUUCUAUAUAUGAAAACGGCAUUUGCCCCGAUACCCCAGGUUUUAACCUAUUCAUCAAAUAUCUACAGAAUGCCAAUCUCAAGUCCACCAAAACUUUCUGGGAGGCCCAGCUGGCUGGUCAGCGCCCAGCUACUUUCCCAAUGAUUACUGUUCCAGGAUAUCGCCCGGCUGUUCAACACAUAUUGAAGCAUAGGUUCGCCUUACCAAAGCUGGUUAACUCGGAAUUUCUCAAAAGCACUAUACUCCGUGCCGCAUGGGCGUUCGUUCUCUCUGUAUACUCGGACUCCCGGGAUAUAGUGUUCGGAAUGACCCUUUCUGGAAGAAAUAGCCCUGUCACAGGCAUCGAAAAGAUAAUCGGCCCAAUCAUUACAACAGUCCCGGUACGGAUUGUGCUGAACCCGACUGAAACUCUCAGUGAGUUCCUUAGCCAUGUCCAGCAACAGGCCACAGAAAUGAUACCCCAUGAGCAUUUUGGAGUACAGAAUAUAUCAAUGUUGAGUACAGAAUGCAGCCAAGCCACUCAAUUCCAAAAUUUGCUCGUAAUUCAACCUAUCUCGGAAACUACAUCUACUGAUGCUCUGCUUCCAGGAUGUAAUGAAGUUGAUUUACCACUGAAAGGUUUUGACAGCUACCCACUUGUGGUAGAAUGCCACGUUUCAGACGAUACGGUUCAAAUUGAGGCAAGAUAUGAUGGAUGUUUGCUCUCCUGUUGGCAGGUCGAGAAUAUGAUGAGCCAUCUCGGCCAAAUCUCAAAAAUGUUCGCAGAUAAUUCCAAUUAUCAUCUUCAGAUAAAGGAGACAGAUAUGUUUGGCGAAAGAGACAGGCAACAAGUACUGGAGUGGAACCGGGCCUAUCCUGAGACGGUUGAAUCUACAGUACCUCUAGUUUUCGCGCAACAGGUUCAAGAGCGGCCAUCUAAUAUAGCAAUUGAUGCAUGGGAUGGACAACUCACUUAUUCAGAACUCAACGACGUUUCAGAUGUGCUCGCACGGCAUCUUACAUACCUAGGGGUGGUACCUGAGCUAUUAGUCCCCCUCUGCUUCGACAAAUCCCUCUGGGCUGUGGUGGCACAGGUGGCUGUGAUGAAAGCUGGUGGAGCUUGUGUAAACCUCGACCCUAGCCAUCCCCAGGGCCGCCUUGAGACAAUCGUCAAAGAUUCUCAGGCAAGUGUCAUCCUCUGUGCCCCUCAUUAUUCUGGGAUACUAGGGUCAUCUACUCCUCAGAAUGAAGUUGUGGUGACAGAGGACCUCAUACACAAGUUAGCUGGCUCUCCUCACUCUAGCAUAGAGCCAUCUCCCCCCAGCCCUUCGAAUGCAGCAUAUGUACUUUUCACAUCGGGGAGUACUGGUAAACCUAAGGGAAUUGUUAUUGAGCACCGCUCGCUAUGUUCUAGCUCUAAAGCCCACGGCACCCGCUGGGGGAUUGGGGCUGAGACCCGGGUGCUGCAGUUUGCCGCAUAUACAUUCGAUGUAAGCUGUGCGGAUAUAUUUACAACAUUACAACGCGGCGGCUGUGUCUGCAUUCCUUCUGAGCAUGACCGUCUGAACGCGCUUCCAGAUGCUAUUAACCGAUUCCGGUGCGACUGGGCUUUCUUAACACCUACAGUGGCCAGCUUGCUUCCUCCAGACUCUGUCCCUUCCUUAAAGAAGCUGGUUCUAGGAGGAGAAGCAUCAACAUGGGAAAUUAUCAAUAGAUGGUACAAUAUCCUUGAGCUCAUUGUGUGUUAUGGUCCUGCAGAGUGUUCUAUAUACUGCUCUGGAGCACCUCCUGCGACGGCUACCAGCGAUCCAGCCAAUCUAGGAAGCGCUAUCGGGGCGCUCUAUUGGGUUGCUAAUCCGAAUGAUCAUAAUCAACUCACUCCACUUGGUUGCGUGGGCGAGCUCCUGCUUGAGGGUCCUACUAUUGCUAGGGGGUAUCUUCACGAUAUAGAAAGGACAGAACAGGUCUUUGUGAGCAACCCUUCUUGGGCUCCACCUUUUACUCCAGGUGCUUCUCGCCGCUUCUACCGUACAGGUGAUCUUGUUCGCUAUAAUAGUGACGGAACCAUUCGAUUUGUUGGCCGAAAAGAUACCCUGGUUAAGGUUCGCGGGCAGCGCGUGGAGCUAGGGGAGAUCGAGCAUGCCAUAUCUACAUCUAUGAAUAGCAUUACUCAUGCCACAGUCGAUUCUAUCCUGGAUGCAUCCACAGGUCGACAAACGGUAGCUGCUUUCCUGCAUUUUAAUAAUGCUAGCGGUCACGCUGAGAUCAUGGAUAUGACAGAAGACCUCCGUCACCGGUUGAUAGAACUCCAGAAGGCCCUUCGGGAAUUGCUGCCUUCAUACAUGAUUCCAUCCCUUUAUCUGCCUUUGGCGCGAGUCCCCCUUACAAUGAACGGAAAGGUAGACCGACGACAGCUACGUGGACUUGUCAACUCUUUGACAACUGCUGAUAUUGCCAGCUUUUCUCUAAUAGAAGACACUUCCCAUGUGCAACCUACUACGGAGGAAGAGUUCAAACUUCGCGAACUUUGGUCGAGGGCUCUUCAUGUAGAGGUUGAUACGAUAGGAGCUACUGACCAUUUUAUCCGCUCCGGCGGAGACUCGAUUGUUGCAAUGAGAUUGACAAGCUUAGCUCAAGCCGAAGGAUUAUCCUUAACAGUACAGCAAAUAUUUGAGACCCCUAUUCUAUCAGACAUGGCUUCUCUGAUUAUGGUUCAUCCGUCAAGCCGUGACAUUAAUCACCCUGUCGAUACGAUAUAUGAGCAGUUCUCAUUGCUUCCGGGGCCACCAGAGGAAGAUAUGCUCUCGAUAGUCGCUGAAGAUGUCAAAACUAGCCUUAGAAACAUUGCAGAUAUUCUACCAGCAACUGAUUUCCAGUCGUCCGCCAUUGCACAUUCCAUGCUGAAGACGAGAGGGCUUCUCAACUACAUUUAUCUUGAGGGGAAAGGGGAGAUACCUUGGAAUCAGGACAUCAUCCAAGAGAAAUGGUUUGAGUUUACUAGCAAACACCAGAUCCUACGAACGGUCUUCGUCUUUUAUCAAAGCACUCUUUACCAGGUUAUCCUAAAGCAGGUCUUGGAAGGCAUUUCCUGGCAUAGAACUGAUGAUGAUAUCGAUUCUUUCUGCCGCAAUUUAUAUCAGAGAGACAUUCAGUCUGACCGUGACCUUAGCGAUCCACUGACUAAAUUGAUGGUGGUCGGAAAUAAUGAACGGCAUCGACUUAUUCUUCGCUUAUCCCAUGCUCAAUAUGACGGGAUAAGCUUACCCCUGAUUUGGCAGAGUCUACAAACGGCCUUUUCAGGCAAGAGAUGCCCGCCAGAGAUCCCCUUCGCAAACUAUAUAUCAACCAUUAUCUCUCAGCAAGAGGUCACAAACUCCAGGGUAUACUGGAAAGCCCUACUGGCAGAUUCUAAAAUGACAAAUGUGGUAGACCAUUCCAGACCAUAUUAUCAAAACACCUACGACUUGCACAUAAGGCGAUCUAUCAUCAUUCCCUCUCAGUUGCCGUUGUCGAAUCAAGGAAUUACCUUCGCAACUGUCCUUAAGGCCGCAUGGGCAAUCGUCCUCGCCUCUCUCUCGGAAACGACAGAUAUCAUUUUCGGCCAUGUAACCUCCGGUCGCACCGUCCCAGGGAACGGCAUCGAGCGAGUGACCGGUCCGUGUAUCAACAUUAUUCCAGUGAGAGCCCAGAUGGACACUACUACCACCGCCUUGGAUCUUUUACAGCAGUUACAAUCCCAGCACGUCGCCAGUAUGGCCCACGAAACUACUGGGAUGCGAGAUAUCGUUCGUCACUGCAGCCCGUGGAAGCCGUACACGCGGUUCAGCACCAUAGUCCAACACCAAAAUAUCGAUGAAACUGCCACGGUUCUGCUGGAUGACCAGGAGUACACAGUUGGUGAUUUCUGUCCAGCAGCAGACGAGUCAGAUAUUGCUAUCAAGACCACCCCCCGAAGCGGAAAUGAAGUUGAGGUUCUUCUCAUUUCGUCAUCGCUAUCGGUUGGAAAGCUCACAGCGGACAGAAUAUCAUCCAUUCUUUGCGAUACAAUCCACAGGCUCUAUACUUCCGAAACUACCGACCUCCACGUUACUGAAUUGAUAGACCAUGGACAACCGGUUCCGCCGCUGAGCAAAUGUUGUACAGGUACAAGUCGAUACGCAACUUUACAGAGCAGCUUUCAGUCAAGGUCUGAUGAGAUGUUACUGACCAUCCAAACUGACUGGAGAUCUGCGCUGGAACAGCCAGACUUACUGAUAGAUUGGGAUUCGGACUUCUUCGAUGUCGGAGGUGAUUUGGUUUCUGUUAUAUUGCUGGCUACAACAUGGAAUCGGCAGGGCUACAAAGUUACCCCGGAGCAGCUGUUGUUCAACUCGCGAGCCUCGGAGAUGGCACAAGUACUUUUUCAGUCAUGCUGA